GCUGAGAUUUCUGAAGAAUAUUGGAGAGAGCUCGCGAAAGGUUUACCAAAAGAUAAUUCAGUUGAAAUUAAAAGAUGGCCAGAAAAAAAUGAUGAUAGAAGUGGGCUUGAUCUUGCAGACUCAGAUGAAAGGAAAGCAGUGUUAACUGCAUUAAUCAAAAUUC